AAAUAUACUUAUAGCUAGUGUAGUAAGUACUUAUGUCUUGGUGUCGAGCUGUAUGGCAAGAACAUGAACUUGAAGAAGAAGGUGUUAUUCCAUCAUGUUGGGUAGAUAGUUAGUUUGUGUAUUGGCCAUCAAAAAUGAAUGUUUUAUCUGCUGCAAAGGAACAUGCUAAGCCUGAUGCAACUUGGCAUAAGUUCAAAAUACUGAAAGUGAAGUGCUAUGAUGAUGAUAAGGAGUUAUGUAAAAGUUACGAGCUUUCGUCGAAUGACGAAGUACAAGCACUAAAUAAGAAUGAACCCAUUAAAAAAGAGAAUAAAAUAAUGAAGUAUACUUUAAAAAAAGCAGCAAGUAGCACCUUAACUUAUCCUACUCCUUUACAAUUUGAAGCUUCUCAAAAAAAAUUUGAAGCUCCUCCUAAACGAUUCAAGAAAUUGGAGGAAACAGACACAGGGAAAUCAACUUUAACUUUUCCUUUAAAAGAUAUGUCAACUUAUACAACUCCAAAAUGUGAUGAUAAAGUUAAAAAUGAGUUAUAUGAGAGUUUUAAACUUUCCUCAAAUAAUGAGAUAGAGUUUAAAAUUGAACAAAGAAAUAAAAAUAAUCAAAUUAUAAAUGCUUAUGCAAAGAAAGCUAGCAACACCUUAACAACUUCUCUAUUUCAUCCAACUCCUCCAAAGUUUGAAAAUCCAUUAAUAGAUGUUCUUCCCCCCCCAAAAAAAAAAAUUAAGAUAUUAAAGGAACCAGUCCGAAAAUCUUCAAGUUUUUUAAAAGAUAAAUUUCGAAAAUCAACUCAGCAAGAAAAGAAGAAGGCUUCAGUUUUUCCUUUAGAAGAAGGAAACUUUCAAUAUAAAGUCAUUCAUUUACUGACUGAAUUGAAAAAUGAUGUUGCUGAUAUAAAAGCCAUGUUAAAAAAUGAAAAUAGUUUUGAUCUUCAUCAAUGUAAUUCUAUCCAGGAGUUUCAUGACUUUGAUCAAUCACUUCUGGAUCAAGAUAUUGCAAAAAAUGUGAAACAGAAAUUAUCUAACAUCGGUGGCUUAACAUGUAGUGCUAUUGCAAAGGGUAUGCUUUCAAAAGUGAUGUCAAAUAAAGUUAUGAGUUUUUAAGAUGGCUGAAACAAAUAAGCUUAGUUUCAGAAAGACCAAUCUGAUGAAGAUUUUGUGUGACUGUUUACCUGAUUCGUACAGCGAAAAAGACCUUCAAAAUGCUGUUGGAAGUAUUUUAAAACAUGCACCUGACAGAAAAGAGGGCGGAGGACGCCAAAAGUCAAUUUUUGGAUACGAGCAAGAGGAAGAAUAAGAUUUUUAAAAAUAAUAAUAUAUAUAAAUUCUUUGCAAAAACAAAUUAAAAAGUUCGUACUUA